CUCGGGCGCCUGCAUCACGUGACGAGGCCCGGAAGCGGCUGCCGGGCCGCCCAGGGGAUGGCGAGACCUCCGCGCUGAGGUGGGGUGGGACGCACUUCACUGAGGCGGGAGCCCCGGCCGGAGCCGAGCCAGAACCGGAGCCAGAACCGGAGCCAGCGCCGGAACCAGAACCGGAUCCCGACGCGCUACCAUGUCCACACAGAGACUUCGGAAUGAGGACUAUGCUGACUACAGCUCCACUGACGUGAGUCCGGAUGAGAGUCCAUCUGAAGGUCUGAACAACUUCUCUUCCUCAGGCUCCUACCAGCGCUUUGGGGAAAGCAGCAGCACAACAUGGUUCCAGACCUUGAUCCACCUGUUAAAAGGCAACAUUGGCACAGGACUCCUGGGGCUGCCCCUGGCAGUGAAAAAUGCAGGCAUCUUGAUGGGUCCCCUUAGCCUGCUGGUGAUAGGCAUCGUGGCCGUGCACUGCAUGGGUAUACUGGUGAAAUGUGCUCACCACUUCUGCCACAGACUGAACAAGCCUUUUGUGGACUAUGGGGAGACAGUGAUGUAUGGACUGGAAUCCAGCCCUAUUUCCUGGCUCCGGAACCACGCACACUGGGGAAGGCACACUGUGGACUUCUUCCUGAUUGUCACGCAGCUGGGAUUCUGCUGUGUCUAUUUUGUUUUUCUGGCUGACAACUUUAAACAGGUGAUAGAAGCAGCCAAUGGAACCACCAACAACUGCCACAACAAUGAGACGGUGAUUCUGAUGCCCACCAUGGACUCGAGACUCUACAUGCUCACCUUCUUGCCAUUCCUGGUGCUGCUGGUUUUUGUUAGGAACCUUCGAGUCCUGUCCAUCUUCUCCCUAUUGGCCAACAUCACCAUGCUGGUCAGCCUGUUCAUGAUCUACCAGUUCAUUGUUCAGGGGAUCCCAGACCCCAGCCGCCUCCCCUUGGUGGCACCCUGGAAGACCUACCCUCUGUUCUUUGGCACAGCCAUUUUUGCAUUUGAAGGCAUCGGGAUGGUUCUGCCUCUUGAAAACAAAAUGAAGGAUCCCCGGAAAUUUCCAGUCAUCCUGUAUGUGGGAAUGGGCAUUGUCACUACCCUCUACAUCAGCCUGGGAUGUCUGGGGUACCUGCAAUUUGGAGCUGAUAUCCAAGGCAGCAUAACUCUCAACCUGCCUAACUGCUGGCUGUACCAGUCGGUGAAGCUGCUGUACUCCAUUGGCAUCUUCUUCACCUAUGCCAUCCAGUUCUUUGUCCCAGCCGAGAUCAUCAUCCCCUUCUUCGUGUCCCGCGUGCCUGAGCAUUGGGAGCUGGCGGUGGACCUGUUGGUGCGCACCAUGCUGGUUUGCCUGACUUGCAUCUUGGCCAUCCUCAUCCCCCGCCUGGACCUGGUCAUCUCCCUAGUGGGCUCCGUGAGCAGCAGUGCCCUGGCUCUCAUCAUCCCACCCCUCCUGGAGAUCACUACCUACUACUCAGAGGGCCUGAGCCCCCUCACCAUCGCCAAGGACGCCCUGAUCAGCAUCCUGGGCUUCGUGGGCUUUGUGGUGGGGACGUAUGAGGCUCUCUACGAGCUGAUCCAGCCAAGUCCUGCUCCCAGUUUUAUCAACUCCACCAGUGCCUUUGCAUAGCCUUCUGGGUACAUUUCCUGCGCCUGCCCACCCCACCUCUGUGUGUUCCCUAGCACCUGGCUCCAGAGCCUCAGGGAGGGUCCAGGCUCUGGGGAAAAUCAAGGUUGCUGUUCAGAAACCCUGCUACCUGGCACCUAGGUGCUCUGGACCUGACCUGAGGGCAAGGUGGAGAGUGGGUAGCAGAUAUGCAGGAGGUACCUUUAGUGGCAGUGCCAUCAUUGUUCAUUUGUACUUAUUUUAACUCAGAACUUUACAACUGUUUUCCCUCAUCAUGCCUCCUCCCUUACUUGCACUCUUCUCUGACCCACCUCCCCCAAAUUAUUCUUGUUGCACAGCUCACUUUAUUUAAAAAUUUUAGCGUCUCCUUUCCUGGUCCAGGCCUAGAUGAAAUAAGUGAGAACUCCCUCUCUUUAGAAAGCCGGGCCUAUCUCUUUCUCAUCUCUCUCCCCAAUAUUUUACCUCAAUAUUCACCUACCUAUUCAAGUCUCCAGCAGGUGCCUGGAUGUCCCUAGUAGUUUAAAACCAGCCCCCAAAGCUGGAGUUUUUAAUUUUUACUCUCUCUGGCUUGCUAUGACUGGCAACACCUCCUCUCUAAUUCCUUGUGUGGGUCACAAUACUAUGUUCUUAGUUGCUUUAGCUCCCGAAAAAUAUCAAGUGCUGCCUCAAUGGAAGAUAUUUAUAUUUUAUUUAAAAUUAGCUUUUUUUUCUUAGACUCUAUAUCGGGGGUUAUUGUGACUGGUUCCUUCCUCAGUACACUGGUACUGAGCUUCUCCUGCUGAAAAGAAACUUGCUGCAGGAAAUGUCUGCUUAGGUCCUCAGCACACGUGGCUGAGCACUCCAAAGGUUUUAAUCAGGAUCAUCUGAAUGUGAACCUCUGUGAGAGGCAUGGACUUUGCCUCCCAUCGGCCAGCCUGAUUUCAUACUGAGAAGACAUGAAGGACUCGGGGAAAUAUUUGCCAAUGCACGAGGCCAAGGUUAAGGACAGCCAAGUGGGGUAUGUUUCUGCCCACGGAGGCUUAUAAAAUGGUUGCUUUGUGCAUUCAGGCCUGUUUUUGAGCCUCAGCUCCUGCCAUGCAAACAGCAUGGCAGCAUUCAGUUGCUGUCGUGCUGGGAAGACACCCACACUGUUGCCAUGGAUGAGACGAUGAGGUCACUGUGCACAGAGAGUGUGAAAUUAAGUUCAGAGAAUUGAGAGCAGCUGGUCUGACACUAAGUGUGGUGCUUGGUUGUUUACAAUCAGCGGGGGAUAGGGCAGAUGCCGUCCCGUCCUGGCUGCCUUUUUGACCUGGACUCUAAAGGAACCACUUGCUUGGGAUUUUGGUCUCCUGUGUUCUAAACACUAAUUGUGACUCCAGUCCCUCCCCCUGAGUAUCAGAAAUGGCCUCAGGGUUGGCACACCUCAAGGUCAGCCUUCAGAUUUGGGAACAAACCGCAGAGAAGGCCUGGCUUUUGGCUGCCCCUUCCCUCUUGGUGUGAGAAGUCUCUCGGGGGGCAUUGGUCAUUAACACCACUUCUUGAACUGUGUCUAUGUAUGUGUGUGUUCAUGCAUAUGUGGUAGGAUCCUGCUGUCCACUCUUGUCACCAGGCUCUUGCUUCCUUACUUGAAGCUACCGUUCAUCCUGAAAGUUGGGAGAGCAGCACAAUUUUAUCAGGGUUCUUGUUUUUGUGUUUCACCAAAGCUCGUAAGGGCUAUGACCCACCUUAAUAGCCCCAGUUUUUUCUUUCUUUUCUCUUCCAAAGCCAAACUCUCAUUGCAGUGACUCCUGUGCUACCUAACUUAGGAAGAUGAGAUCAGUGGUGUCUUGGUCUCCCUUAGGGUAAUGACACUUUUCAUCCACUGUUCCUGCUCUUUGGUGAUCACUAACAGGUGCUCGUGACCAAGAUUCUACUGGAGGUGGCAACGGGCCUGCCCUCUGAAGCUUCAGGCUUAGAGGUUAUCAAAGUGGGUUCAAGAAUCGCCAUAUCCUGUUUGCAAGCCUGGGCUCCAGCAGUCUCCCCACCGUGGGCCUGAGAGCUGUUUUCAGUGAGAAGGUGCGUACCAGGAGAGUGUCCUGCCCACAGCUGCUGUAGAGGCUUCUGUGCAUGCAGGGAGCUGCGGGAAGCAGCCCUGUCCAGGUGGGCAGUGACACUGGGACUGUGAUGCUGGGACACGAGGACUGGAUAGCACAAUACUGAGGUCCCCUGGCCCCUGGUCUUAGCACAGUGCAGGCUAUUGCCUUAGGGUCCCUGACCUAGAGAACGUGGUGUAUAGGAGAGGCGGCUCCAGCUUUGGGGCUUCUGUAAGCUUUGUGGCAUGGCCUUCACCCUGUUUGAUCUCUUUCCUGGGAUCUCUUUCCUGGCUCCUGCUUUGACAGCCUGGUCAAAUGGCUGCUUCAGAAGACCAGGCAAGGCGAACCCGUCAGUGGGCCUUUCCGGUUGUGUACUUGCACUGCAAUUAGGUGUUGAGUAAAAGGGUCAGCCAGAGGAUGGCAGGGGGAGGGACCCCUCCUCGUCUUCUGGAACCAGCCCUCUGGGCCAGCUGAGGGAGGCUUCCUCUUCUGCUGCCUGUGGGCCUCCUGUAGGAACAGCUGCCCAGCCUCUUCCCGUGCCUUGCUGGUAAAAAGCUCCAGCAUAAGUAGCAGUCUGAUCAGGAGCAGCAGAGCUAAGGCUUCUGGAGUGUGAGGCCGCAUCUGCCAAACCAAAGGCGAAUCCUGGAUUUUCUGGCCCAAUACUGUUAGGCUCUGUGCCCCUCCCCCAAUGCAGUCCCAGAUUUUUGUUAGCUCAGAGGUAGCUGCUCAGAGCCCCUUGUUCUGUCCUGCAAACGCCACUAUUGGGAGCAUGUUUCCAGCUCCCUGUCGGCAGUGUACCUCCCCUUAAAUGUAGGUGCUUGCUGGGAAGCGCAUGACCUGGCAUCUUCUAUUCAGUUUGCCUAGAGUUGUCAUUAUUCACAAGUGGCAUUACUUAUAGUGUGCUGCUGUCCGGCUACUAGGAGCCCUUCCUUCAUCUGCACAAACCCUGGCCAGAUAUCUGCGAAUGUAUGGCAGGUCAUAGCUGAGAAUCUGCAGCUUAUGCCCGCCCUCCUCUGUCACUCACCUCCCCAGCCACCUUCACUGGCUGAUGCUCACUAUUCACUCUCUACCUUCACGAAAGGUAAAAUUUGUAAUAUUAGCAGUGGUCUUAAAGUGAUGAUCCCACCAAACAGGAAUGUUAGGAAAAUCUUCCCCCUACUCCCAUAUUCCUGUCUUGCCAUUUUCUCCCAAAAUUGUAGAAUAUCACUUCUGUCUAACACUACAUGUUCGCCUCAUGUUUUUUUGAAGUGCAAAAUCUCAAUGUCUGUUUACAGCUCUCUCAGUUCACCGUCCACAGCAAGGGGGGUUGUAUCGGUGGGUUUUAUUUCAUAGCUAAUCAGCGGGCCCCAGCAUUGGCCCUGGUCAGAGCGUGAAGCUGGUUCCUCACAGUGGAGACACAAAGUACAAGAGGCGCGACUUGGUAAUUAGGCAGCUCCAAGUCUGCCUUUGAAUUAAAAUUUCCAAAGUACAUUACAAAUCUCCAAGACUGUUAGGGGAAGAAGAGACAGUGUGGUUUGUCUUUGAAAUCAUGGUCGAUACUUUGAGGCAAUUGGCCUUGCUGGCUGCAAGGUUGUUUGCUCUGACAGCAUGUUGCAUUUCUUCCCUGUUCUUUGUACCACUGGGUCAUUCCCUGGCCAGGGGACAUAAAUGGUGCUGAUAUAAUGUUAUCAGAGUGUGUGUGUGUAGGGUGGGGGGUAGGAGGGCGGGGGGAAUAAGGUGGAGGGUGUCUGUGUUCUUUUAUUUAAAUCAAGGUGAUACUGGGGAAGCUAUUUUAUUUUAGUAAAUGAUAAAAUUAUGUGACUAUUGUAAAACGUGUCAGUGGAUGUGUGAAUAGGAGGAGUAUGAAAAACUACCGUCCAGCAGAUCUUGAUAACCACACAGUACUGUGUAUGUUGUGUGUCUACAUGAAUGUGUGUUCCCACAUGGUAUGUAUAGAGAUGAGGAUCAUGCAGGAGCUAAUAGAAGAUCUUGUUUGGGGUUCUGCAUACGGAUCGUGUGUUAAACUUUUCCUGUUCAAUAAAUGAAUUUUAUUUUUUAUUUUUGAA